ACACUAGUAAUUUUUACAAAUAUCUUGCGUUAUAAGUAACCGCUUUCAAUUGAUUUGUGCGAGUCAAUACAUAAACCCUAGGAAAGUCUCUUCUUGUUUUAUCCGCAGAUAUGGCUGUGAUGAAUCAUCCAUCUUUGCGUAUUGGUGCACCACCAUCAUCGGUGUUCCUCCCUCCUCCGCGCUUUAAUCAUCUUCCAGCUUAUGGUCUCUCUCUCUGCUUUGGGAUAUACGCUUCUUCUUAUGUGGUAGGACAAUUUCGUGGGCGGCGUUGUUACUACAACCCUACAAGAGUUUCUAUGCAAUCCAAAAACCAGAUUAUAUAUCCUUCUCUCAAGGCAGUUGGAACAGGAGGGAAAGGAUUUGGUUUCGACUCUAAGAGCAAAAAAACAUCUCGCUUUGCAUGUAACGCUGCUCUGACUCUUACGCGGGAAUCACCAACCAUUACACGAAUACCUACGCAUGGAAUAGAGAAAUCCCCAAAGCUUGAUGACGGUGGAAGAGGAUUCCCACCUCGGAAUGAUGGCGGUGGUGGUGGCGGAGGAGGUGGGGGAGAGAGCUUCUUUGGUGGAUUCUUCCUUUUCGGGUUUCUUAUGUUCAUGGCACACUUGAAAGAUUUGGAGGGCGAACACGACAACAACAACAACCACUAAAGGGAGAGGGGAUUAAACAUAUGAUGCACGACAAGACAAAUCUCAAGACCAAGUGACAGAUAAUAGAACCAGCAGAGAUAAUAGAGUAGCAAUAGGGCACAUCUUUUAUCUUUCAUCAGUAUUGUUAUGAAUCUUUAAACUUUGGAACGAGGUUGCGAUACUCACAUGAAAGAACAACGUGAAUCACAUUUGCGGACAGCUUUAGAACACUAUUACUUGACGAGUGUAGAUGAGGUAUAAAAACUUUUUUAACUGAAAAAAAUGAUAAGCUAAGUAAUAAGUC